AUGACAACACACACUGCACCCGCCAUCCCCCCUCGACCGUCAAGGUCGCCUAACCAGCAGGGCCUUGCACCCGCAGACGUGCCCAAGAUCCCACCGCGUCCCACUCGUCGCUUUGACCGCUCCGUGUCUCCUCUUCGAGAUAGCUACGCCCCGUCUCCCUUGAACGAGCCACCCAAUGGCUCGAGCUUGAGUCGCACCGUUUCCCAAGAUGUGCCACAGCGACCCCCGAGUGUGACGAUACCUUCACUUGGUGAAGAGGGCAAUGAAUACGAAGCUUUGAAUAUGGGCGAUGUCUCCGAGAGCCAUCAUUCGAGUCCCGCAGAGAUGCGCAACGUGGGCAGUGAUCUGAAGCUCCAUGCACCAAGGCCUUCAUUACCUUCUUCCAGCGCCAAGGCCAAGGUGCAAGCUGUCACACGUACAGAUUCUCGUCAGGCUGCAGCAGCAGGCCUUGGUGGGACAUCGUCCCCCACUCCUGAUGAUCAUGAACGACCAACUCGCUCGUUACAGUCUCGAACAAGUUACUCGCGUGCGGACUCUUCGACUUCCAUUGAUCGACGACUGUCUAUGAAUGGCGAUGAGCAUGGGAUUAGGGUUCCAAUGUACCCUAAUGCUGGUGAUGUACAAGCCCCUUCCCCAAGUCCAUACCAUCUAGAGCAAAACUCGGGCCAGCGCUCUGGCCGCAGCCAUAACCGAACUCGGAGUGGUCGUGAGGCUUCUCUUCCGCCCGGAAGCUACGGUCUUCACGGCCAUGGCGUACAGCCCAAUGACAAGUUCGAAAAGGCCUGGUAUGAAAAGCACCCUGAAGAAUACGUCAAGGAAGAGCAGGGUCAAUAUGGCCCCGGAGUUGGAUCGCCACGACCAGACUGGGCAUUGAGUAGUGAUGAUCUGAAUAAGAUCGUACGGGGCUCUGCUGUGACCGGAAGUGGACUUGGCACAUCACCUGCUGUAAUUGGAACCCCAGAAGAGGAGGUUGGUUACAUUGCCGCUGACGAGUACACUCACCGUCUAUCAUCACCGCCGCCUGAAUCGCGCCGUGGCUCCCGCCUUGUUGCUGAGUCACCUUUGCGCAGGGAGAGCGUGCCUUCGGCCGAGACUGAGGACCAGCAACAAACUGUGGCCUCUAAAGACACCGCUCACAAGUCAGAAGAACCAGGGGUGAUACAUGUUGACGAACCAUACCAUCAUCUACACCAUCCUGAUGGCUUCGCUCAAACUCCAGGUCCCGAUGAACUCUCUGGCAAGCCUGCGGAGGGUGAGGGAGAUGAAGAUGAGCCCAUUUUGGCUGCUGAUGAGGUGCGCCCAGAAUCCGCUUUCCAACACCCCGCCGUGUCCCCCACAUUCGACAGAAGGGAAAGUAUGGAAGUCGAUAGGAGUCACACCCCAAGCGUCAGCCAUAGUCGCUCGAACAGCAGAACUGCGAGCCACCGCAAUAGCCUACCAACUCUGGCAAGGUACAAUUCGCGCGACGAACGGGAAGAGACACACACCCCACUCGAGGAUGUUGAAGAAUAUGAGCCUCUGUUCCCGGAAGAUGAUAAUGCAGAGAAAAAACCUCUUUCGACCAAUGACCGCUUCAAACAGCGACCAGAUAUGCUCAAGCACCGGUUCCCUAGUCAAGACAUUUGGGAGGAUUCGCCGAAUAGCUUGCAAUUGCAUGCUACGGUGUCUACACCGGAUGUUCCUAAGAACGAAAACUUUGAGACCCCGGAGCAGGAGUCCUUCCGUAGAAGUCAGGCAAACCGCGUUGACCCACACAAGGUUGCGUCACAGAUUCUGCAAUCGGAAGAGCAUCGCGAUGAGAAGUCUGUUUCACGCCCAGACAUUGCCAAGCAGCGUUUUCCUAGCAGGGACAUCUGGGAAGAUGCUCCGGAAAGCCAAAAGCUGGUAACCACAGUAGAACCAGCAGAAGAGAGAGAGGUCAAGAGCCCAGAUGUGCCGGCGAAACCUAACAUUCCAGCUCGACCCCAGAAGCGUCCUCAACAGGCCCCCCCAGUAGAUGCUUCUACAAAGCCAAUCACCUCGCCUACUGAAAAACGACAACCACCUUCAAUUCCUGACCGCCCCAAGCCUCAAGUCCCGACCCGGUCAGCUAAGCACGUGUUCCCCGGAAAUGGCGGAGAGUCGAAAGAUGCUGCGGCCAAACCGAAGCCAGCAGUACCGGCCCGUCCGGGAGGUAGCAAGAUUGCUGCUUUGAAGGCAGGAUUUUUGUCAGACCUGAAUUCCCGUUUGCAGCUGGGCCCUCAAGCGCCGCAGAAGCCUCAAGAGAAGAAAGCAGAGGAGCCUCCGGCAGAAAAAGCCCCUCUAAGUGAUGCUCGUAAGGGAAGGGCCCGUGGGCCCGCACGGAGGAGACCGGCCGCCGAAAAUGUGGCCGCGAAGUUGCCGACGAUCUCAGAAGUCAGGAUCACUGAAACCUGGAAUGUUUGGGAGGUUAAUGAGGCUGGUAACUUGGUUGUUGGUAGUGAAAAACAGGUGGAUAAGAACGAAGUCGCGGCUCCUGUCACGACAUCGUCAGAAAACAACACCAUGGCUCCCCCGAUAGCGAAGAACACUGCCGGCGAGUCGGCUGAUCCUCAACCAACAGUAUCCCCCAAAGAGGAUCCUGUAUCAUCGAGCGACUCAACCCCAGCUGAGACCCAGCCAUCAACAUUUACAGAAGCAGCCCACACAGUAACGAGUUCCCUCGAUGGUGAGGGUCCUGCUGUGGUACCUACAGCCAAGCGAGAUGACCUAGAGGCAUCCUCUGAGGCGGUAUCUGCCGAAACCGAUGUCGGUAAAACGCCGAGCACCUCAUCAGCCGAAUCAGGAGUAGAGGACGUUGCUGAAGCUGCGGCUGCGACAGCCGAUGGAAAGCGGCUCUCGGAGGGUAACUAA